GACAACAGAUUCUAAUAAAAACCACUUUUUAAUGUUGUUGAGACUAAGUCCUCUUUUAUGUGGAAAUGUGAAUUUAAUGUAAAUAGUUUGCACCGCUCUGCUUCUCUUUAAGGGCUUGCUGGCUGCUGGCAGUCUCUGUGCAGUCUUUCAAGGCACUCAGGUGGCACUGUGCUGCCGGGACGUGGGCAGAUCUCUGAGGGGGUUCUUGCUGCCUCUCCUGGGAGCCUCUCUGCACUCUGCGAUGGAUGUUUUCUCAGAGAGGGAUCAGAAAAUGCAACAUCUGCAGUUGAGAAAUUGCCAUCGUUUUCCCACGAAGGAAGGUUAUUGAGAGGGAACGCAGUGCACAGAAUCCAGGAGCUUUGCAAAGAAGCUCAACGGGUUGAUGGUUGGACUUGAUGAUCUCAGUAGUCUUUCCAACCUUUAUGAUGCUGAUUCUAAGCCCUGGUGAUCUGGCUUUGUCUGUGCAAGGUGUGCGUCCCUUGGACGUGUCCGAGGCCACCUGGCAGAGUCUGGCACCUCAGUGUUAUAGAAACUAUUCAUUAACAUCUCCAAAAUUCUUUUUUUCUUUUUGCUAUUUUCGGUUCACAGAGGAAAUUGAAAUGGCAACCAAGUUUUCCAGCAGCAGCAGAAAUGCUGCUCUGCAGCCAGUUCCAGUCUCUCUUGUUUACGAGGCAGUAUAAGUUUUCACUGUAUAAUAAAAACAAUCAUCUGUAUUCCUUGGCUGCGAGCAACAACACUGACAGUGGAGCAAGUUUUGGUGCUUUGGAGGAGAAUAUGAAUCAUCUCAGCCACAGAACAAAGCACAGAAGACCCCUAAGCACUGAGCAAAGCUGCAAAACAACGCAUCAGGCCUGUUUUAGAACCUCUGCAGGCGUUGUGGUGUUGGGAAAAAAACAUCUGAGCUGAAUAUCCUCAGAGGAAUAUUGUUGCCACAUCUCUGAGAUUUAAGUUGUUGCUCGUCUUUUUUUUUUCAGGCCAGGAUGCGCGGAUGGGAAUGUUAUCUGUUGGCUUGGGGUACGAGCACAGGUAACAGCCUGAAACCGCAGAGAAUUGCAGCAUGGCUCUGAAGCGAGGAAGCACAUUAUCCAUGCAGAAUUAUAGAAAUCCCCAUCGUGUCCUCAAAGCACAGAGUUAACAGAAAGCAGGCACGGGGUUUUGUGCUAUGGGCAGAGCCAUAGGCCUGAGCUGCCCACAGCGAUCUGCCUCGCCUCCCAGCGAGGACACACUUAAACCCGUGUGCUGCUCUGCUACGCAAACUCAUUGCUCUCCUCAGAGUCCUUGAAGUGAAAGAGGGAUUUGUGUUCCUGACACCAUUCGUUCCCUGAAGGCUGUGGAAGCGAGCCGAGAGGCACAGCUGGAUAAUGACUUCCCAAUGCACCUCUCAGAACCAAAGCUUCCAGAAAGAAGGCAGUGAGAAGCGAAAGACCUGAAGUGCUUAUCACCCACACUGCCAGCACACGAAUGUAUUUUAUUUUUUUUUUCCAACAGAAAAGCUGGCCGCUGCGUUUCCCCUCAGCAACAGGCGGCUCAACCGCCGUUAUCCGGCAGUUCAAGGCCUCACCCCGCCCCUCCUGUGGGGAAGGGCGGCCCGCAGCGCUGGGCUCGGACCCCGCCGGGCACGCCGCCCCUCCCCAAGAUGGCGGCGGGCGGGCAGGCGCGGGCCGGGGCCGCGAGGGGGGCGAGCGGCUCGAGGAGCCGGCAGGUGAGGGCUGCUGCGACGGGCCGGGCCGGGCCGGGGAGCGCCUGGGGACGGCUCGGGCUGCGGAGGCCGCGCGGUGCCGUUGUGGUGGCAGCGGGGAGGCCCGGAGCGAUGGGGAAGCGCUCAGCGACUUCUUCACACAAAGCAGCUGGCAAACGGCCCUCCAAGAGGCUAAAAUGUGAAAAAAACAGUCGGGUGAAGUCAGGACUGGAAGGCCGUACGUGUGGGAUUGGGAACCCUCCCGCACCUCAAACACCUGCUGAACGUGACCCCUCACAAGAUUCAGGAGACCACGAUGUAAUUCAACCGAAAAAAAAUGAAAGCAUUCCAGAAACUAGUGGAGAAAAACAGGAGAAGGAACAUGAUGCUUCUUCAGAGCCGUUCACAGUGAAAUCAAGUAGUGCUCCUUCAAAAACAGACAGCAGUGAAAAUCUGCAAGAUGGUGCCUGCAGAGAGGAGGAGAGCAGCUGUGAGAGCGCGAUUUCGGAAGGGACCAGCUUGAAGGAUGGAGACAUCCCUAAGAAAGCAACAGAACUGGAUAACAGUGCUUUCUUGGAUGAAGACAGUAACCAGCCAAUGCCACUGGAUCGGUUCUUUGGAAAUAUUGACUUUAUGGAGGAUCAGCUAGCAGCUGUACUCCCGAGCACAACAAUGAGCAGGCGGGAAUACAGAAGGCUGCAUUUCAUCGCCAAGGAAGAUGAGGAGGAGGAUGAGGACGUUCUCUAGCAGCAAACUGUAAAACAAAGGAAACUUUUUUUUCAUUUUCCUUUGGUUUUCUAACAGUGUGAUAGUGGUUGGCUGUAUCACUAGCAUGAUGUGUCAGUAUUUGCAUUUUCUUAGAGAAUGGGUAGAGUCUAUUUCUACAGUUGUCAGAUACAGUAUUCCUCCCCAGUUUUCUGGGGCAGAGUUUGACUGAAUUCUCAGAGAACUGGACAUAAAUUGUAAUUGAUUGUUUAUCACUAGUACUUAUUAAAAAAGCAUGGAAAAUAUAAGCUCCUAUUGUUACAAAUCUGAGCUCAUAUUUACAGCGAACAAUUGGCCUAUUCUCACUUAUUUUUAAAAAAUUAUCAUCUUAGGACAGUUCUCUUUUAUUUCUGUGAUGUCUGCCAUUACAGCAUCUUGCUAGUAAUGCAGCCAGUUGACUUGCCUAGUUCAAAGAGGGACACCAGCAUCUGUUGUGCAAGUUCUCUUGCACUGUUUACCUCUAAACCAGAAGCAAUUAACCUCUAAAAUGCAAUUCUGCUGGCAAAACUCAAUGCAUAUAUGUGAUCAUGAAUUCAGUGUUUUUUUCAUCUCUGGACAUUAAACUUUUUUGUUGCUCCUUGGUUCUCUGAACAACCACGUGAAGCUCAUGGCUUCCCCCUUCCACCAAAUCAGCUGUAAGCAGUGCCCUUCUAAUAGCUCUGUAAUGCAGCUUGUUCAGUGUUUUCAACUGACUUCCAAAGGUUAUGAAGAGAAAUCUUGUAAACAGUGAUCAAGGCAGAAUAGAAUCUCUCAGUGGAGGACUUUAGUGGUAGAUAAACAAGUAUUGAUGGCCAAGUAGAUACGGGUCUGUCCUUCAAAUGUAUUAUUUCUGGCCUGCAUUUUUAGAAGAUGAUGAGCAACCUCACAUGAUUUCAGGAAUUGCUAACUCAUCCAGUGUUUAUGCUAAUACUUUGGAAGUGUGAUUAUGCAAGAAGAUCCCAGAUACUUAUUAUUGUAAACGCAGAAGAAACUAUUUCUAAAAAUACAGAGAAAAUAUGAUCAGCAGAUGGUUUAAAUCAAUGUUAAUUUCUACAGCUAUAGUAUGUUGAACAUUCAAAAAUCUUAAGCCAAACAAAUUGUAUAUGCAUGACAUGUUAAUUUAUUCACAUUCCCACUCCAGUUGAUGUAUUGUUUCUGUCAGUGCUAGUUCUUGGCUCCUUUUUCCCCUCAAGUCUGUAACACUGAAAAAAAUCUUAACAUUUUAGUGCA